AUGUGGAGUACCACCCGUGACGUCCGUGCGACUGACCUGGGCAGACGUGGCCCGUCCAGGUCAGCGGCCCGGAGUGGACAGUGGGUGAAAGUUCAGUCAUCGGGAAAAGGCCGCGCGUCUGGGGACCCCCACCCCCCGCUCUGUCCACGUCCUGGCCUUUCUCGAACCCCCCGUCCCCCUUCUUCUCGGUUGCAGGGUCUCAGGUUCGAGGUGGUGCCCUCCCGGUUUAAGGAGAAGCUGAACAAAGCCUCAUUCCCCACGCCUUACGCCUACGCCAUCGAGACGGCCAAGCAGAAGGCGCUGGACGUGGCCCGGAGGAAGCAGCAGAAAGACCUUCGGGCCCCCGACAUCGUCAUCGGAGCCGACACCAUCGUGACGCUGCAGGGGCUGAUCUUGGAGAAGCCGGUGGACAAGCAGGAUGCCUACAGCAUGCUCUCCAGGUUGAACGGGAAGGAACACAGUGUGUUCACGGGCGUCACCAUCAUCCAGUGCUCCUGCCAAGACAGCCAGCUGGACAUGGAGAUCUCGGAAUUCCACGAGGAGACGCUGGUGAAGUUCUCGCAGCUGUCGGAGGAGCUGCUGUGGGAUUACAUCCACAGCGGGGAGCCCAUGGACAAGGCCGGCGGUUACGGGAUCCAGGCGCUGGGCGGGAUGCUGGUGGAGUACGUCCACGGAGACUUCCUCAACGUGGUGGGCUUCCCCCUGAACCACUUCUGCAAGAAGCUGGCGGAGCUGUACCUCACGCGGCCCGAGGACCUGCCGCCGGCCGAGCACGACUCCAUCCCCACCGUCGACACCUUCGAGAACCUCAGUGACCUCAGCGACGUGGAGGGCCGCGGCCAGGGCGGGGCCCCGGUGCAGGCCGACCGGCCGCGGGCUCUGGGCAGGAAGAACUCGGUUCCCAGCAGGAUGGUGGACAGCCUGCCCCCGACGCCCCUCCUGGAACUCCUGGACGGCUUCAAAGCGUCCAAGGCCCUGUUCACCGCCUGCAAGAUGAAGGUGUUCGAUCUGUUGCAAGAGGAAGCCCCCCUGAGUGCCGCGGAGAUCGCCCAGAGAAUCGAGGCCUCCGAGGGCGGGACCGGGCGGCUGCUGGACGUGUGCGCGGCCCUGGGGUUGCUGGAGAAGACGGACAGAGGGUACAGCAACUCCGAGCUGGCCGGCCUGUACCUGCCCUCGGGCGGCAGGUACUCCCUGCAGCCCCUCAUCCUCUGUGGCCACGGCCUUCGACCUGUCUCGGUUCACCUCUGCCUGCGACCUGGGAGGUGCGUAGUAGAUCAGAACCGGCCCACAGCCGGCCGGCGCCCCGGCCUCCACUUCCUUCCUUCCGUGUUCGUUCUCUACCAGAGCCAGGACCGGAAGCUGCAGUUCAUGAGGGCCAUGCACAGCCUCAGCCAGCUGACCGCCCGCCAGGUGGCCACGGCCUUCGACCUGUCUCGGUUCACCUCUGCCUGCGACCUGGGAGGCUGCACGGGAAUCCUCGCCCACGAGCUUGCCCGAGCCUACCCCGGCCUGAAGGUGACCGUGUUCGACCUCCCGGAGGUCAUCGAGGACGUCUCGGGUUUCCAGCCUGACCGCGCACGGCCUCAGCAGGUCAGCUUCGUGCCAGGCGACUUUUUCCAAGACAGCCUCCCGGAGGCCGACCUCUACAUCCUCUCCAGAAUCCUCCGCGAUUGGCCGGACGACAAGGCCCACGCGUUGCUGAGCCGGAUCUCCGGCCACUGCAAACCAGGUGAGACGGCGCCCACACUUCCUUUCCUUAAAACCGUUGUCUUGUCUCUUUCUUAUAAUAGAUUUUUAUUGAUG